CCGAGGGCGGCGCUCUUCUCUUCCUGCGGCUGCGGCCCCGGGCCCCGAGGACGGGCCCGAGCCGCGAGAAGGAGGGGGUAGAGGCAGGCGGGACAUGCCCUGGUCGCCCCGCGCCACCCUCCUUCGGGACCUGGUCCUGGGCGUCUUGGGCACCGCCGCCUUCCUGCUCGACCUGGGCACCGACCUGUGGGCCGCCGGCCAGUAUGUGCUCAGCGGCCGCUACCUGUGGGCCGUGCUGGUGCUGGCGCUGUUGGGCCUCGCCUCGGUCGCGCUGCAGCUCUUCAGCUGGGUCUGGCUGAGCGCCGACCCCGCCGACCUGCACGCGCCCCAGCCCUCCGGCCGCUGCCUGGCGCUGCUGCAUCUUCUGCAGCUGGGCUACCUGUACAGGUGUGUGCAGGGGCUGCAGCAGGGGCUGCUGGUGUGGCAGCAGGAGGCGCCCUCCGAGUUUGACUUGGCCUACGCUGACUUCCUCUCGCUAGACAUCAGCAUGCUGCGGCUCUUUGAGACCUUCUUGGAGACAACACCGCAGCUCACACUGCUGCUGGCCAUCAUUCUCCAGAGCGGCCGGGCUGAAUACUUCCAGUGGGUUGGUGUCUGCACGUCCUUUGUGGGCAUCUCAUGGGCACUUCUGGACUACCACCGGGCCCUACGCACCUGCCUCCCCUCUAAGCCCCUCCCGGGCCUGGCCUCCUCUGCAGUCUACUUCCUGUGGAACCUGCUGCUGCUGUGGCCCCGUGUCCUGGCUGUGGCCCUGUUCUCAGCCCUCUUCCCCUACUACGUGGCCCUACACUUCCUGGGCCUGUGGCUGGUGUUGCUGCUCUGGGUCUGGCUUCAGGGCACAGACUUUAUGCCAGACCCCAGCUCUGAGUGGCUGUAUCGUGCGACGGUGGCUACCAUCCUCUAUUUCUCCUGGUUCAAUGUGGCUGAGGGCCACACCCGAGGCCGGGCCACCAUCCACCUAGCAUUCCUCCUGAGUGACAGUGUUCUCCUAGUGGCCACCGGGGUGACACAUAGCACUUGGCUGCCCAAUGGGAUCCCAUUACAGAUAUGGCUGUCGGUGGGAGGCAUCUGCUUCCUUUUGGGUCUGGCUUUGCGGCUUGUCUACUACCGCUGGCUACACCCUAGCCGCCACAGGGAGCCUGACCAGGUGGACGGGGCCCGGAGUUUCCUUUCCCCGGAGGGGUGUCAGCUGCCGCAGAACAGGCGUGUGGUCCAGUUGGCUCAGAACUUUUACCCCAAGGCUAGGGAUGAGGCUGUUUUGCCAGGGAAGGGAAAGGUGAAUGGGAUCCUUUGAGGCAGGGUCAGACUUAGCCAGGGGACAGAUGGACCUUUAGUCAAUUGUCCCUCAAAGGCAGAAGAUAAGCUAAUUAUGCUGCUAUGGGCCUUGAUUCACUCAACAAGAGAUGGAAGCCUGACCUGGGCCAGGCACUGGAGACCAGAGUUGAGUAAAACAGAGGUGUGCCUUCAAGGAGUUCACAGUGUGAACAAGAUGAGAAAGGCUGGGCCCUGGAGGGUCAAGGGCCCCAAUUAGGUACAAGACAUUUUGGGAGGAAAGAAGAAACCCUCCUUUUUUCUUUCCUCCCAACCAGUAUAGCUGGUGCCCCAAAGUUUCCUAUUGCUGGUAUUUUUACCUCCCUGGCCACCUCUAAAACAAUUGGUGGAGGUGCUGUCCCACCCCUUGGCUCCCCUAUAUCUUGGGCUAGAAGGACCCCAGGACCUCCAGGGGGUGUUCUCUAGAAUUCUUCCUCCCCUGCCCCACCCCAUUCAUUCAACAAAUGUUUACUGAGAGCAUUUUAUGUGCCAGGAACAUCAUUCUAUCCUUGGAACCUGGAACAAGGUCAGCUGCCACCUAGCUUCAUCCCCUACCUGCUCCAACCAAUCCUGGGUAGGAUUUCAAAUGCUGGAAGCCAGGGGUGCCUAAUUUUGGUGACCCCUGUCAGCCCUUCCAGGGAUUUAGUGCAGCUGGCCUAGCCUCUGCUCCUGCUCCCCAGCGGCUGUCUUUCAACUAAGUGCCUUGUGAACAUGUGGUCUGGGCCAUGUGCAGCCUGUUGAGUAUUUUUUUUAUUCUUUAGUCAGUAUACCUCCUACCUCAGAGUCAAUGUAAGAGGAAGUGAAUAUGGGUGCAUAUUUGUCUCUGCAAGUGAGGGAUAUGGUUGUUGUGUUUGUUUAACAGUAUUAUUAGGUUAAUAAAACCUCAUGAAAUCCUCCAA